AUGGGUUUUGUUUUAAUUUUUUUUCUAAAUCAACUAAUCAAGGUCUGUAAUUCUUGUUUUGCAAACUAAAUCCUAUUUGGUGAAAUUUUUUAUUAUAUAAAUAUAUUUUUUUUACAAUAUAAAGUAACAAAAUUUGCAUUGCAUUUUGAGGUAGUCAUUGCAUUUCAUUUUGAGGUAAUCACCGUAAUCUACAUUUUAUUUCAGCAAAACAAAUUUUUUUUUUUUUGUCAAUUAUGUCUACAAGAAAAUUUGAAUCUGGGCAUGAAAAAAGAAAAAAAAAAAUCUGAAUUGGAUUAGAAAUAUGCAGAGAUUGAAUCUGAAACAAUUUUUAUCUACAUGCCAAGCUUUUUGAAGAUGGAAAUCUUUUCAGAACUAAAAAAAAAAAAAUCAUGACAAGAACUUUGACAAGCAAAAGUACUUAAUAUAGGGUAAAGCUCUAAAGUUACUUCUUGAAAAUUAAAAUACUUACAAAAGCAUGCUUUUGAGUGAAUUCCGUAGUGUUGGAAGGGGCUUGCCAUGAACUACCUCACACUCUGCUUCCACUAGUAGAUUCUCAAAUAGGAUUACUAAAUUGGUCAAAAGAAGAGAUAGGGUACUGAGUGGUGAAUUGUUCGGAAAUAAAUUGGUAAUUUUUUUUAUCAAUUACCCAAAUAGGAUUUUCUAUGCCUUAAUCAGUCAAUUGUCUAAAGAAACAUUGUUAAUUAACUAAAAUUGAAUUAAACAAUAGUUGAUUUUGGUUGAUAUAUUUUGAUUUAGCCCACCCCGUUGAGAAAUCCUGGAUCCGCCCUUGAUGCCAAGGCUCGGCUCGGUUCAUUUGCAGCCCUAUCGCUCACUCAGUAUUUGGUGACAGAUUGAUACUAGAGUUUGGUUGUUGGUAUUCAACAAUGGAAAAGGGCACUUCUUUUCUAUUCGCAGGGACUUCUUUCAACAGAAAGCGGUUCGCCAGAGAUUUUGCAAGGUUCAAGGAGGAGAAAGAAGAAAUUGAUGAAUCAAUUUCAAAGGAGAUGCCAAGCGCGGUUGAUACCAAAAACAUUGAACUGGAACAGAAGACAAUGCCGGUAAAGAAGAGAAAGAGGAAGGCAAUGGUUUCAGAAACGGUAGAAGGUUUCAAUGUCUUCAAAACAUCGACAUCAGAAGCUGUGACUGAAGAGAAUGACCAGAAUGACAAAAAGAGUUUAGAUGGAAAGAAGGAACUGUACAGGCAAAUGGAGCGGGAUGCCCUUUUGCGGAAGAAGUAUAACAUUCAUAUUUAUGGAAGUAACGUCCCCUCGCCUCUUCAGAAUUUUAUUGAUUUAAGUUCAAGAUAUGGAUGUAAACCAUAUCUAUUACGGAAUCUGGCAGAACUUGGAUUUAGAGAGCCAACUCCAAUUCAAAGGCAGGCUAUUCCAGUGCUCCUAUCUGGGAGGGAAUGCUUUGCUUGUGCUCCAACUGGUUCAGGCAAAACUUUGGCCUUCAUCUGUCCUAUGCUCAUGAAGCUUAAGCAUGCUUCAAAGGAUGGUGUUCGUGCUGUUAUCCUCUGUCCUACGCGAGAGUUAGCUGCUCAGACAACUAGAGAAUGUAAGAAGCUGGCUAAGGGAAAGAAAUUUUAUAUCAAGUUAAUGACGAAACAACUUCUUAAAAGUGCUGAUUUUUCAAAGUUACCAUGUGACGUACUCAUAUCCACACCACUUCGCCUAGAGUUUGCUAUUCGCAAGAGAAAGCUUGAUCUAAGCAGGGUUGAGUACCUUGUCCUGGAUGAAUCUGAUAAGCUGUUUGAGCUCGGUUUGGUGGGGCAGGUUGAUUUUGUGGUGAAAGCAUGCUCAAAUCCUUCUAUUAUACGUUCAUUGUUCAGUGCUACUUUACCCGAUUCAGUUGAGGAACUUGCACGCUCAAUAAUGCAUGAUGCUGUUAGAGUUAUUAUUGGCAGGAAGAAUUCUGCUUCUGAAUUAGUAAAGCAGAAACUAGUUUUUGUUGGAAGUGAAGAAGGGAAGCUUCUUGCACUCCGUCAAAGCUUUGCAGAGAGUCUGAAUGCCCCAGUACUAGUUUUUGUUCAAAGCAAGGAACGGGCAAAGGAGCUUCACAGGGAAUUGGCAUUCGGCGACUUACGAGUUGAUGUUAUACAUUCUGAUCUCUCCCAAAUACAGCGAGAAAAUGCUGUUGAUGGGUUCAGAGCUGGUAAAACUUGGAUUUUGAUUGCCACUGAUGUUAUUGCCCGGGGUAUGGAUUUUAAAGGUGUCAACUGUGUGAUUAAUUAUGAUUUCCCAGAUUCUGCUGCCGCAUACAUACACAGGAUUGGUCGCACUGGCAGAGCAGGGAGGAGUGGAGAAGCUAUAACUUUAUACACACAAGCUGAUGUUCCAUUUCUGCGUAACAUAGCCAAUGUAAUUUCAGCAUCUGGCUGUGAGGUUCCACCUUGGAUCUUGUCCUUGCCAAAACGAAAGUGGAAGAAGCACAGGCCAGAAAGAGAUUCUAUAUAAACCGCACCAAAAGAUUAAAAAGAAUUAGUUAGUAGUAAUAUAGGCUUGUGUUGACAUUGGAGAAAUUUUCCAUCGAGUUCUCCUGUUAAUUAAUUUCACUCCAAUUUAAACAAUCCACUGUCUGUAAUCUAUGUUAGUUGAAAAUGAAAGUGAUAGCCUAUUUCUUUUGUCCUGAUUGAUGAGUUUGGGAUAGGAAAUGAGUCUUAGAUCGACCAGUGUUCUAUGUUUGUAUCUUUGUAUUGCAUCUUGCUGAUCUGAUAAGCUUUUUUACGAAAACUUUA